CCACAAACGAGUGUGUAUCUGGGAUGGUAGGUGGGAUGGGGGAGUACAUGAUGUCAUAGAAGGACAGAUCAGGUUUAUGCUGUGCAACUGGCUGUAAAGUCACAUUUCUGGACGUGAAAGAGAAGCUCUGUCUCCCUCAGCAUCUCCAUCUACCUGCUCCUACAGCUCACACAGUGAUCAUGGACUCCAGCAGCAUAGUGGUGGAACACAUCUACCUCCUGGUCAUCGUCACCCUCAUCAGCGUACUUCAGAACGCAUUCUUUGCCCAGAAGGUAGAGAAGGAAGGCAACAAUCAAAAUGCCAAGACAUCUGCUUUUGAACGAGUUUCUUGUGCCAAUCGUAACUGCAUGGAUGCUUAUCCCACUUUCCUGGCAGUGAUGUGGUGUGCCGGUCUGUGCCUCAGUCAAGCUCCUGCUGCCUUUGCCGGGAUCAUCUAUCUUGUAGUCAGGCAGAAGUACUUUGUUGGAUACAUGGGACAAACCUCUCAAAGCACCCCGGGCUACCUGUUUGGAAAACGCGUCAUCUUCUUCCUGUUCCUGAUGUGUAUUGUGGGCACCUUCAACUAUCUGCUGACGCACUACUAUGGCAGCAACUAUAAAGAAUACGUAGAAACCAUCACCAGCGCUGCAUCUGCUCUUCUCCUCCUCCCUUAGUCCAGUGUGGGUCACAUAAUGGCAACAACACUUCCCCAGAUUUAUCUCUUAACUGGUGAGACCUGUAUGAAACUGAAGUAAAACUCUGUGUUUUCUAAAAGAGCAUUUAUUGUAUUUGAGUUUGCUAAAAAAUAAAAACUUCUCAUGAACAAA